CUGAACUUAACACAGUUACAAUGGGCAAGAUUAUCUUCUAUGAAGACAGGAACUUCCUGGGUCGUCACUAUGAGUGCAGUAGUGACUGCCCUGAGAUGCAAAACCACUUCAGCCGCUGUAACUCGAUAAGAGUUGAAAGCGGUUGUUGGGUGGCCUAUGAGAAGCCAAAUUAUGCUGGAUACCAGUACAUGCUGCAUAAGGGAGAGUACCCCGACUACCAGCGCUGGGCAGGCUUCAAUGACUGUAUCCGCUCCUGUCGUAUGGUGCCACCUUAUAAUGGGAACUACAGGAUGAAGAUCUUCGAGCGAUCUGACUUUGGGGGCCAAAACAUGGAGCUGAUGGAAGACUGCCCAGAUCUGAAUGAGCGUUUCCACACCCGUGAUAUCUCCUCAGUCAAUGUCAUGGAGGGCUACUGGAUGCUGCAUGAACACCCCAAUUACAGGGGACGCCAGUACUUCUUGCGUCCUGGAGAAUACAGGAGGCACAGUGAGUGGGGAAGCACCAGUCCCACCAUUGGUUCUCUGAGACGUGUCACUGAGCUCAACUGAUUCCCAUUACUAUUAUUUUUUACCCUUAUUUAAAUCCCACUGUUAAAAAUCCCACCCUCUUGUUCCCUUAAUGGCAGCACUGUUUCAGUGUGGCUCAACACUGUGGUGUCCAAACCUGAAAUCAUGCAUUUUAAUGAUGGGGGUUUUGAUGCGUCAGAUGUUGGGGUUCUCAUUUUGUUGUGUUGCUUUGCAUUGUUGGGUAAAGUUCCUCCCCAAAUUGGUGCUCAAGCAAUGCUUUGGUUGUUCCACAGCAAAGUGGUUUGCCUCGCCGGUCCCUAACCUCCUGUCCUGCUGGAAUCACAAU